AUGGAUAUAGAGGUUCUUGUUAACAAGCUUCGCAUUGAAGAUGAUAACAGAAAAUAUGAUAAAACAUCCUCAAAGGCCGUGGUGAAAGUUAAUGUUGUGGAGCAUGGUCAGAGCUCCAAGAAUAAGAAGAAAACUAGAAAAGAUUCUAAGUUGGGGUGUAAAGUAGGAAUCUCCAAGAAGAUCAAGUUUCAAGACAGGUGCUUUAAUUGUGACAAGAUGGGUCAUAGAGCUAUAGAAUGUAAGCUGCCAAAAAGAAAGAAGAACAAAGAGACACAAACGAUGGAGCAUAUCACUCGAGAGGUUGAUGACAUUGACCUUAACGUUGUGGCCUUUGAGGUGUACUUGGUGGAAUCUAAUCCUAGAGAGUGGGUCUAUAUAGAGAUAGAUCCACCAGAGUUACCAACUGAUGAAAGUACUGAGGCAGUUAGGAAACUUUAUGAGGAUUGGAGGCAUUCUCACAAGUGUUGCACGAUGAUGAUGGAGAAUAAUAUGGAUGAAGCUAUUUAUGCAAGUAUUCCAAGGGUGGAAACUGCAAAGCAACUUUUUGAGGAGAUAAGAAAGAAGUUUAUCAAGUUUGAUAUGAAUGAGAAUGUUGUUAUUCCUGAUAGAGAUGCUAUUAAUCUAGUAGUUGAUGAACCAAUAGUUGAUCAAGAUGGACUUGUUGUUGAAGGGCAGGAUAUUGUAGAUGCUAAUGUGUCUUUGAGAAGGUCACAAAAGACUAGGAGGUGUUAUAGGGAGUUUGAUGGGUCUAAUUCUUUGUUUUUUGAGACGUUGAUUGAUAGUUAUAGGAAAAUGGGUUUGUUGGUUGAAGCCAUCGAUGUGUUUUUGGGUCUGAAAGAUUUUGAAUUUGUGCCCACUUUAUUGUUCUGUAAUUUAUUGCUGAGGGACUUGUUGAAGACUAACAGGAUGGAAUUGUUCUGGAAGGUUUUUGAUAGAAUGUCUGAGAUGGAGAUGAACUUUGAUGUUUAUACUUACUCUAAUUUAAUCAGUGCACAUUUGAAGACCGGGAAUGUUGAUGAAGCGCAAAGGUUCCUCUUGGAAAUGGGUGAAAAGAAUUGCCAUCCAAAUGUGGUUACUUACAAUCUGGUUAUUAAUGGUUUGUGUAGAGCAAGGCGUGUUGAUGAGGCAGUCGAGAUAAAAAGGUCAAUGAUUGAGGAGGGUUUGGUCCCUGACAAUUAUACUUAUGCGACUCUUGUUAAUGGGUAUUGUAUGGAAAAGAGAUUGACUGAUGCAGAAUUGGUAUUUUCGGAAAUGAUUGAUGCUGGGAUGAAGCCUGAUGUAGUUGCCUACAGUUCUUUGAUUGACGGGCUUAUAAAACAAGGAAAUCUAGAUGAGGCUUUUAGAAUUAAGAAUAAAAUGAUGAAUCAUGGCAUAGAGAUAGGUCUGAUAUACCACAGGGAAGAACCCACCCAACCGAAUGCGAAUCUUGUUGUUGAUGCCUUGUCCGGCAAGCCUGCAUCAUCCAUUAACACAUUCGAAAGAGUCAGUACAAAGAGUAAUAACACCUUGGCCUGA